CCGUCUGUCACAGACCGAGCGCACACACCAUCAGCUGCUACGUACACUGAAGUCUUCUUGAUCCAUUAGCCCGGCCGGCCGCAUGGUGAAGAUGAGGAAGGCGAGCUGCUCGGUUCCUCUCGUGCUGGCGCUGCUUGCCUUCCUCUCCUGCCUCUUCCUCGCUCACGCGGCGGUGGCCAGCGGCAGCCGCAAGAUGCUGCUGUCCAGGGAAGGUGAUCUGGCGGCCGUUGUCCUGUCCGGUGGGGCGCAGGAGGUGCCGACAUCGACGCCGGAUCAGGAGGUGGCGGCGGAAGGAAGGCUUCCCCUGCGGCAGGCCGACGACGAGGAGAUGGUGAUGGCGAGGAGGGUGGACCUGCAGACGGAGGACUACCCUCCGUCCGGGGCCAACGGCCGCCAUGAUCCACGGAACCCGCAUUAAGAUUCCCGUCGUCUGGCCUGCCUGUACGAUAAGUGCAUGGCAUCAAGCUCAUAUAUUCAGCACCAUGCAUGUAGCUAAGAAAAUAUGAUCUUAAUUUAGUUUGUAAUAUGAAAGUUCUAUCUCUGGGUUUAAGCGUU